AUGCCAGGCAACAGAACCGCAUUGAUGCUGGUAGAUAUACAAUACGACUUUUUACCGCCGAACGGGAGCCUAGCUGUUGCAAACGGAGCCGACAUUCUUCCGACCGUUUACGAUCUCCUAGAUCACACGCAUUUUGACGCCUACUUCGCCAGUCAGGACUAUCAUCCAGUCGGCCAUGUUUCAUUUGCCUCAGCGCACCCAGGGACCAAGCCAUAUACCUCGAUACAAGUGCCGAAACUGUAUUCGAGCGAGACAGUCGAACAAAUGCUGUGGCCAGAUCACUGUGUGCAGGGAACACGCGGGUGUGAGAUCGAGGAGGGAGUACAAAAGCGGCUAGAGAGACUUGAAAAAUUAGGCAAGGUCGUGGAAUACAUCAAAAAAGGCACGAAUCCAAGCGUUGAUUCAUACUCGGCGUUUGCGGAUAAUCAGUAUAUGUCGUUUACGCCUCUUGUACGCCUUGUCUACACGCACCAGAUCGAUAGAUUGGUCAUAGUCGGAUUAGCGACAGACUAUUGCGUGCGAGCGACGGCGAUUGACAGCCGCAAGUUUGGAAUCGGUACCGAGGUUGUUCAAUCUGGCAUAAGGGGUGUAUUCCCCGAAAACGAGAGCAUAGUGCUAGAGGAGCUCAAGACUUGGGGAUGCUCGAUUGUAUGA